UCGGGAAAUACUCGGCGGGCAACAGGAAAAGUGACACCAUGCGAGAUUCAUCCCACGAUAUUUGGCAGCUUUAAAAAUCUAAAUAGCAAAAAAUAGGUUAGAAAACAUUGCGGACUAUAACUGAAUAGGUCCGGAUUUGUUUGGAAAAGGCGACGUUUUUGUCGAAGUAUGUUUUGAGUAAAGAUAAGACUGCGUAUUUGGCUCGCACGCGUGCAUCUUUCAAAGCUAGCUAGCUGUAAUUCUGGGUUGCUCGCUGAACCCCUUGAUGAGUGGAUGAAGUUGGUGAUAAAUGUGUGCCUCUUAAAAUAAAAUGUCUGGCUUUAACUUUGGAUCAGGGACUCUUGGUUCCACCAACGCGGGCGGAGGAUUCACAUUUGGGGCAGUAACCAGUGCACCUGCAGUCAGUACUGGUGGCUUCUCUUUCGGGAGUGCUUUGGGUACAGCAGCCCCCACUCCUGCUUCCACCACCAGCACCACCCCGUCUCUUGGCCUAGGAGGCAGUCUCUUUGGUCAGAAACCUGCUGGAGGAUUCUCUUUCAACACACCUGCCUCAAGCGCUGCUGCACCCACCACAGGCCUUACAUUAGGUGCCCCAGCCACUACAUCUGCCUCCACCGGCUUUAGCUUGGCGUUCAACAAGCCCACUGCCUCAGCGACACCUUUCUCCCUCACCACCACCUCUACCACCUCCUCGUCAGCUCCUGCUGGGGCAGGUUUAACAUUUGGCUCUGUCCUGACAUCCACAGCUCCGCAGCAGCCUGCAGCCACAUCCUUCACCCUUGGUCUUGGCGCCACAACAAACACCACAGCAGCCUCAACAGGCCCAUCGCUGGGUGGGGGUCUCUUCUCCAGUACUGUGUCUACAGGUUUGGGUCAGACUACUCUUGGAGGAGGUGGGUUAACGUUGGGUUCUCUGUUAACUACCUCCACAACAGCAUCAGUAGCUCCUGUCCCCAGUAUUGGCCUGGGUGGUGUCGACUUCAGCACUUCUUCUGAGAAUAAGAGCGACUCAUCAUCUGGAGCCAAUGCACAGGACAGUAAAGCUUUAAAAGAUGAGAACCUGCCGCCAGUCAUUUGCCAGGAUGUUGAGAAUUUCCAAAAAUUUGUGAAAGAGCAGAAACAGGUUCAGGAGGACAUCAGCAGGAUGUCAUCUAAGGCCAUAUCUAAGGUCCAAGAUGACAUCAAGAACCUCAAACAGCUUCUCUCUGUCAGUGCCAGUGGUCUACAGCGCCAAGCUCUGGCUAUCGACAAACUAAAGCUGGAGACUGCACAGGAGCUGAAAAAUGCUGACAUAGCACUGCGUACGCAGAAGACUCCCCCUGGGCUUCAACACGAGAACACUGCUCCAUCCGAUUAUUUCCGCAGCCUGGUAGAGCAGUUUGAGGUGCAGUUGCAGCAGUACCGGCAGCAGAUAGAAGAGCUGGAGAACCACCUGACAACGCAGAGCAGUGGCUCCCACAUCACUCCUCAGGACCUGACGUUGGCCAUGCAGAAAUUGUACCAGACAUUUGUUGCACAGGCUGCUCAACUCCAGUCAGUUCAUGAAAAUGUCAAGAUCUUGAAGCACCAGUACCUUUCUUAUCGUCGGGCCUUCCUGGAGGACUCCACAGACGUCUUUGAGUCCAAACGGGCGUCCAACAGGAAGUGGCAGAGUACGCCCCGAGUCACAACAGGGCCUGCACCAUUCUCCAGUGUGCCCAACGCUGCAGCGGUUGCCAUGGCAGCCACGUUGACCCAGCAACAGCAGCCAACUCCAGGGACCCAGGCACCUUUGGGGGGAGGGUUUGGAAACCCCUUUGCCUCGGCAGUGGGCACUAGCUUGGGCUCAUCUACCCUUGGAGGUUUUGGUGGUGGGCCAGGAUUUGGUGGGGUGGGGACUGGGGGGUCGUCUUUUGCCUUCUCCUCCACCAGUAAGCCCACAGGAGGCAGUCUGAGUGCAGGUUUUGGUAGCAGCAGCAGCUCAGGCUUCAACUUCAGCAACCCUGGUAUCAACCCCUCGGCCGGCCUGACCUUUGGGGUGUCUAAUCCACCUGCUGCAGGCUUUGGCACAGGAGGGCCUCUUCUCCAGCUCAAGAAGCCCCCUGCUGGUAAUAAAAGAGGCAAGAGAUAGAAUCAAGAAAAGACAGAAUCCCCGUGACUGACCAGCUGGCCACCUUGGGGUUUGUAUUGGGCAAGGCCUGGUCUCCCAAAAGCAUGUAAGCGCUACAUUAAUCAUUAUCCAAUUACUCUGCAAAGAACAUGUAAAUUUGAGGCAAUCACAAGGGAUGUGAUUUAACACACCGGCAAACAGCAACGCAGGAUCAUCCAUUUAAAAUCAUUUGGAGGUAAAUCCAAUUGACCACACAGCAUUAUCUGUCUCCCAUACACUGGUCUGUAUUUACAUUGAUUUGAUUUCUUUUCCCAAAUUACUGAUAGAUAAAGUUGCCCUCAUUCACAUGUUCCUCUUAGAUCCAUUUAAACAGUGAAAUUAUAUUACUUGGGUCUUAAUUCUCAGUAACUGUGAACUGGUAUAGUAGACAGUGUAUGAAAAGGUAAAUAAAGGUGUUUCGUUAAGAAAGCUGUUUGUAUAACUUUAAAUAUGAGUUUGCCCAUUUGCAUUGCCUCAAAAAGUUGCACCCUAUGAUCUGUAGCACUACAAUGCUUUUGGGGUUGCCAGCCGUGGACAAGGCUGGGUCAGUAACACAUCAUUUCAGAUGUCUAUGAGGAAUUCCUUUAGUCUGAAUCUUUUACAAAACAAGAUAUGUUUUUGCGCUUUAAGGUGGACAGUGCAGUUGGUUCCACUGUAUUACACAAACUUCUCAUAAAACUGCACUUGAAGGCCUCUCAAAUGAUGACUUGGCCCAAGUCUCGUCCAGGGAAGGGUAAGAUAAGGUAAGGGACAAGAGGCUUAUUGGGUAAUAGUUGGUUGGGAACAGUGGGGAGUAUUAUUUGAUUCUAGAUAGUUUUAUAGGCACAGGAGUGUGUCCAAGGUGGGGUUUUGGGGAAGCACAGUUUUAUUUUUGUAUCGAGUGGAGAAAGAGACCUUCGGGAGGGGUAAAAAAAAAAUUAAAGGGGGACUAGCACCUCGGGAUAGUCCAUUAUCUAGUCCACAUAACCUGUGUUGUUUUUGCUAGACUCCAUCCUUAUCAUUGUUUAAUAAUUACUUUGUAAACAUAUUUUGUUUGCCCUGUGUACCACUGUAGGACCUUGGGGGAGGAAGACACUGUGCUGUUUGUGUAACAUGGUUCCCAUUAGAUAUUAAGUUAGCUGAAUCUGAAAGGGAUUUCACAAGCAGAUUCUGCCUAAUCAACUCGAUUUAUACAUGUGCUAGAAGAAAUUUGCACUUGCCAGUGUAUGUGACCUGACAGUAAUUGUGUGAAUGUGCAUGUGUGCUUAUUGCAUAAGUAUGAAUUUUGUCUCUCUGGUCUAUCAUAGUUGCUCGACUUCUUUUGCAGUUGGGGAGGGGUGGGGGGUAUUCAUCUUUUUUUAAAUUGUCCAUAUCAGUUCUGAUACCAAAUACUGGUAAUUGUACUAUUAUUUUCUAAUCACAGUCUGUGUAAACCUGUAUUUUCAAGAAGCUGUUUAAUAAUAAAAUCUUCAAUAUGAUGUUUUGCCCGUUUACGGCAUUACUUCAAUAAAUGUGUGUGUUGAC